GUUGAAUGUUUUGACAGAGAGCUGAAUAUGGAUUCCAUAUUUCAUGAGAAACAAGAAGGCUCUCUGUGUGCCCAGCACUGCCUCAACAACCUUUUGCAGGGUGAGUAUUUUACUCCUGUAGACCUGUCAUCUAUAGCUCAUCAGCUCGAUGAAGAAGAGAGGAUGAGGAUGGCAGAGGGGGGUAUGGGCAGUGAGGAGUACCGGACUUUCUUACAGCAACCAUCUGGGAACAUGGAUGACAGUGGGUUCUUUUCAAUACAAGUAAUAAGCAAUGCACUCCGAGUGUGGGGCUUGGAGUUGAUCCUCUUCAAUAGUCGGGAGUACCAGAGCCUGCUGAUAAAUCCAAUAAAUGAGAAAGCCUUCAUUUGCAACUAUAAGGAACACUGGUUCACUAUACGCAAACUUGGACAGCAGUGGUUUAACCUGAAUUCUUUGUUGACUGGACCAGAAUUGAUAUCAGACACAUAUUUAGCCCUUUUCCUUGCACAACUACAGCAAGAAGGUUAUUCCAUCUUUGUGAUCAGAGGAAAUCUCCCUGAGUGUGAGGCAGAGCAGAUUCUUGGGAUCAUGCGGGUCCAGCAGCAGCAGCGGCCCAGACUCAUUGGAGAGGAAGAGGCCCAGACAAGUUCUGGCAGAGCUGCCGCUCUGGUUCAAACGGACGUAGGUUUCGGUGUAGCAGAUGAGGUCGUGGAUGAAGAUGAAGAACUGAAGAAAGCCCUGGCACUCAGCAGACAGGAUAUAGAUGUAGAAGAUGAAGAAGCUGAUCUCCGCAGGGCCAUACAGCUUAGUAUGCAAGGAGCAGUGAUGAGCAACAGGUCAUCAGAAUGUGAAGUGGGAAAUGUAAAAUCAGCGAGCCAGGCUGCAGGGAGUGCUACUUUGGGACAGAAAGAAAGCCAGAAUGAGGCACUUACUGCAGAGGAGCUGAGGAAGAGGAGGCAGGCCUACUUUGAUCGGCAGCAGCAACAAGCUCAACCAAACAUUCCUCAGCAACCGGGCACACAUUCAACAAGCAGCUCAGAGCCAGUAAACAUUGGCUCAGAGGAGGACCAACAACAGAAGCCCAGCCAGUAAACUUGAGAAUGGUUUGCCUACAUUGUUUACCAGCGGCCUGGAUUGAAAGUCCCUCAGAGGGGUAGCUUUUUUGCUCCCACCUUUAACCUUUUGCUCAUGCAAACAUAAUGACAGCCAGAAGGCUGGCAUGUGGUUUCCCCCCCAGUUAGUUUGCUGACAGGCCACAGAGAAGAGAGCGUUAAAGAAAAGGCAGCACUUUAUCUAAUCUGACUUGGUGAAGUGCUUAGACUGGGAAAAGGGUGACCACUGGACUCAAGAGGACUCGUAAUGCAGUUAAUCCAAGUUUGCAAAUUGCCUUUUUACCAUGGCGCCUUCUAUUUCUAUUGUAUACUGUUUUUUAUUCUUCUUUUUCUUUUUCUGGAAGACAUGGAAAGAAAUAACAUGCAAAAAAGUGUGUUUACUUGUUUGGAGGUGAAAACAAUGCUGAGAUGAAAGCCAUAAGAGACCAAUAUUUUGACCAUUGGUAAAAUCUUGAUUGACAAUAACAGAUCCUUCUGCUUUUGGGAUUUGGUUUGUGGAACACAAGUGUCAUGAAAACAUUCAACAUAUGAGGUAAUCAGAAUAGUUUUUAAAUAAUUUAUUAAGCUCUUGCCUCACUGUUUCAGCCAGUAGCACUAAAACGAGUGGACCAUUUAUGUCAAAUAUCGCUAGUCUUUUUGCAUGAACAUCUUCAAGCGACCUCCCCUGAGGUUUUUCAAGGUAACAGCAUAUUAUUUGAUGUCAUCACAUUAUUUCAAUUGCGUGUACAAGUACCGGUAGGAAUAGGACCAUACAAACACAGUUUAAGGUCAAUUUGUCUGAUUUGAAAUUUUUGAGCUAUUUUCUUGUGCAUAUUUUUUUCUUUCUUGUCCAUAUCCUGACCUUUUAGGUGAACAAAGAAGCAAUUAGUACAAUAAUGAAGCUGCAGCUGAUAGUUUAAUAACAUUACUUUUUUUUUUAGGCACAGUAGGAUCAUUUUAAACCAAAACACCAAAAGUCACUGGCAUUAACUUCAUCUAUUCUUUCUUUUUGUUUGAAUUUGUCAUAAAACAUUUUGUGACAUCAUGUCAAAAGACUCAUUAAAUAUUUUUAAAAGCAGAACAAUGGCUACCCCUUCUAAUUCUUGCAUGUUGCAACCCCAAAAAUGCUUAUUUCAUUGCACUGAUUUGACUUAUUUUGUAUUCCGAUAAUGAUUUAAAGAUGCAUAGGUUUGAAUAAGGUUGCCAUGGCCUAAAGACAAUGGAAGGUGUGUUUAUUGGUGAUAUUCAGAAGCAAAAUCAUCUAAAAAAUAAAUAUUAGUGAGUUUCAUAAUUGAAAAUCCUAAUAGAUAAAACAUUUAAACUAUAUCACAGUUUAUGCACUUUUGAGAGUUUGUUGUAUUUUAUCCAGUUUUUCUCCACCAAAUUCAAGUUUAAUCCUGAAAAACACUAUAAAAUGAUUUUAUCUAAAUCACUCAUAUAACAGCACUAACAGAAUUAAUAUUUAUGAGAAGUUAUAUUUAAUGUGCUGUUGAAGCCGUGACGACUGAAUCUGGAUAUACCUGAAUGCCUCUGCAAAAGUAGCGGAAGUCAUGCAGAGUUGGACAUGCUGUUCAGGACGAUUUCCAGGAAUAUCCCAUGUUUUCAUUGUUGCUUUGUUUGUUUUGUUCAGCUGUUUGUUUGUUUUGUUUUUUCUUUCUCUCUCUAUUUCAAAUCCACUUGGGAUCUUUGUCACUGCAUUUCCAUCAUUCAAGGCUUUCUUACCGUAUGUAAUGAAUCACUGUUUGUGUUUCAUGUUGGCACUUCACAUUCUUUCAUUUUAAUAUAUUGAUUACUGUUCCAGGAUUAAAGUGACACUCAGUACCUGAA